UGUGUGUUGUUCAAGGUUCAACAUCAUCCUGAUUUUCCAGAGUAUACGCAGUGUGUAACCUUUGAGUUUCUAUCGGAUCCUUGGCAAGAUCGAACUUAUAACAUCUUCUGCAUUCUAGUCCUGUACGGGGUUCCUCUGAUUAUCAUAAUAUACUGCUAUUCCAAGAUUCUGUGGGUGAUUACUCGACGGUCCCGAGAUAACGAAGAGGACAUGUCCCAAGAACAGCAUUUCCAUGGACGCCUUCGACUUCGUAGGUCCGACAUGACCCGUAUAGAAAGAGCCCGUACUCGGACCCUUCGAAUGGCCAUUACCAUCGUCUCAGCUUUUUUCUGGUGCUGGACGCCGUACGUGGUCAUGGUUCUUUGGCAUCAAAUCGAUAGAGAUUCGGCUAAUAAACUAGACUCAAAAAUCCAGUCAUCACUAUUCAUAUUUGCUGUUUCCAAUUCCUGCGUCAAUCCACUGGUUUACGGGAGUUAUGCGAUCAAUUUUAAACACGUCUUGAAAAACUGUUUCCUUGGUAACAUUUGCCCAAGGAAUUCUAUUCGUUUUGGAUCUCGGCGCAUGGCUUCUACUAACGGCACCAGAGCCACUCAGCUUGAACAACGUGACCAAUGUCCACCUCUAGCAAUGGCUGCCACCGUGAACUGUACUGGAACAAACCCCUUCUCUAAACUGCUCAAUCACCAGCUUGAUUGCCAAGUUUAACUCUGCUCAACUUAUACAGUUGAGGUCUAAAAUAAAUGAGUUCCUCAACUUGUUUACUUUAGGUAUUUUCAAUCUAUUGAAAUCAGAAAUUUCCAGGUCUUGAAGCAAAUGCCUUGUUAAAUUUUUAGUUACUAAGCUGUUUUGUAUUAGAUUAAGGAAAUAAUGAACACACCACUACAAGCGUAUAACAAAUCGGGCUUUCAGUAUUAGGCCUAAUAUUUCUUACAUUGUAGAUUACAGUUUUACCUGGCACUAUUUGAAUUUUGUACACACAUUCAAUAUUCCAAGAAGUUACAGAAUAUAUUAUGGAAAUUUUCUUUCCAUGAAAUGAAUUCCUUGUCUGGUCCGGGUAUGAUGAUGCUUCAGCUGUAAAAUAAAGUGGAAUGUACAUUCAUGAAGCUUAAUGAAUGCUACGUAAAGCUGUCUGGUCCGGGUAUGAUGAUGCUUCAGCUGUAAAAUAAAGUGGAAUGUACAUUCAUGAAGCUUAAUGAAUGCUACGUAAAGCUGUAUUGCUCUGAUUAGAUCGGAAAACAAACACAUCGCCCGCACUUUCUACUGAACCAAUAGUGUUCAGUGCAAGACGUCGUAAUGCAGCAUGUAUUGACUUAAACUGUGACCAGGCCGUACGUUUAAGGGAUUCAAUAAUGUAUGGAGUACCUCAAGAAUCUGUCAGUUAAAGAAACAUUUUACCUUCAAUUGAUUAAAAUUAGAGGGAAUACAACUUGUUAAAAGUAUCGAAUAAUUUCACUUUUUGCACCUAAAUUAUGAAUAACUUACAAGUUUUACAACGUCUGACUAAUAGGGCCUUCUUUUAACAGGAAACCAUACUCAAGUAUUUAAUUAUAAAGCACAAUAAUGCAUAUCCUGAUUAUAACUGUCAGGAAAGAACGUCAUGAACUACACGCGGGAUUUUCACGUGCAAAGUAAAGAAUGCCAAGUUUUUGUCAAUUCCGACAUCUGUGACUCGAGUCUGUAAUCUGUAUAACAGAUCGUUUCGAGCUCUGCUAGUCCUGGAAUACAGAUACACAUCAAUCCUGUUAAAUCUGAACAUUCAGCAGAUAUUAAGAUUUUUUUCAAUAGAAAUAAAAAAAAAACAAUUCUAGUGCCAUUUAUUUCAAAGUUUUUCAUUUGACAAUCUGAAAAUUUGUUUAAAACACACCCUAGUCUUCCUUUGAAGCUUGGGUUUCCUACUGCUAACGAUUUCAAGAAAAUGGAGGCUAAAUAACGUUGUCGCUGUGAUUUACUUAUUGUCUGUGUUGUGCAAUAAAUAUUUUGAUGUGUGUUAGAAAUAGUUCAUACUUCUCGCAGCUGAGUUGAGGGAAAUAAGACUUUCCUACAAAAGCUUGAGAAAACUUUCCAGGCGCUCUGGUAUACUAUUUAUUCUUUUGUAGUAAUUGUUGUUUUUAGAACAUCUGGAAGUGGUACUCCUAAAGGUCCCAUUCAUCAGAAAAACAACAUGAAGUGCUAAGAAAAUAAUGGGCUUAUUCUUGGAGUAGCUACACUCAUCUCAUAAUUAUUCAGUGAGACAUUAUUUCAUGUACCAUUAAUAUGUGAUGUGUUGAUAAAAAUGUUUGUAAUAAAGUGUUAGAAAACCACGAUUGAAGCUUCUGUCUCCAAGGUGAUAGAAUACACCCUGUCAUUGCUGUUUCAAACAGUGACUUUGGACAAGUAAUUGUGAGCGUUUCGUAUUCGAACUGUACACAAACAGCUUUUAAUGUAUAACUGUGUAUUGUUGUUUCAAACAAUGGCUUUGGACAAGUAAUUGUGAGCGUUUCGUAUUCGAACUGUACACAAACAGCUUUUAAUGUAUAACUGUGUAUUGUUGUUUCAAACAAUGACUUUGGACAAGUAAUUGUGAGCGUUUCGUAUUCGAACUGUACACAAACAGCUUUUAAUGUAUAACUGUGUAUUGUUGUUUCAAACAAUGACUUUGGACAAGUAAUUGCUUGGUUUUCGUAUUCGAACUGUACGCAAACAGCUUUUAAUGUAGAACUGAGUAUUAGCUAAAUGUUUUGAGACAGUUUAACUGGGUAAUGAAGAAAACUUUGUUAUAAAUGUAGACGUUUCGACAAGAUUAUGUCAUCCUCCAAACUUUUAUUUUCCAAAAAGUGGAUUUCUCGUCAUCAAUAACUGUGUAUUGUUGUUUCAAACAAUGGCUUUGGACAAGUAAUUGUGAGGGUUUCGUAUUCGACCUGUACACAAAGAGUUUUUAAUAUAUAACUGUGUAUUGUUGUUUCAAACAGUGGCUUUCUUUGUCUUGGGAAUAUAUCUUUACAAAUGUACGUAGAUACAAGUUGAUAAAGUCAUCCUUAAAAUUGUAGUACCUGGUACUGUAU